GGAAGAACUUCGCAGAGCACAUUCGGAUUUAACACCUCCUUUCUACACCUUUUCGUCCAAGAAAAGGACUCUACGUUUUUUUGGAAACAUAUGUUCAAAACCUACACUUAUUUUCUCAGCAGUUAGUUUUUCUAUACAUCAUCGUUCUACGAAGUUUUAUAUUUCUGCCCAAAUUCCUUUGACCAACACAAAAACAACAUGAACAUGGGUUCAGACGACGGGGAGGACAUUGACGCGCCGCCCUCUCUGUGCGAGACCGGGUGCGGCUACUUCGGAACGGCUGCGACGAAAGGGCUCUGUUCCAUGUGCUACAGAGAUCAUCUUGCGAAGGAAGCGGAAGCCAAGACUGCGAUGGAAAAGAUCACAUUGAUGGCGCUGCCAAACCUGAGAGUCAGAGUCAGUCCAUCGGCAGAUUCCGCCGUCAGCCGCGACGGGUCGCCGCCUCCAGCGCCGCGUGCGUCGGAUAGCUGCUGGAAGUGCAAGAAGAAGGUGGGGGUGAUGGGGUUCAAUUGCCGGUGCGGGUAUGCUUACUGCGGGUCCCACAGACACCCCGAGGUGCACGAUUGUUCCUUCGAUUUCAAGGGCCAGGGCCGACGUGUUCUUGCCAUGGUCAAUCCUGCGGUCAAGCCUGAUAAAAUCUUGAGGUUUUGAUGGAUCCAGAUCCUCUGCAACUGCUGCCUCGAGAUACAAGAAGAGAAACAGGGGAUUCUGCAGGGCUCCCAAUGAACAGAUUUGAUUUCUCAAUUCCCUAUCUCUUUUCUUCGAACUUAUUUCUCCACUAUUAUACAAUAUGUGUUCAUCUGGCUUUAUUAGUUAGGUAGUACUCCUAUUACAUUCCUGCACUAUUAUUGUUUAUUACGUUUAGGCUUUAGAAACAAUUUCUUGAUAGGAGUAGAAGAUAGGCAAAUUCUCAAAUAGGAUCAUCUUUUUUGUCUUCCUAAAAUAUGAUUGAUUUACUCUUCAAAGUGGGAAGCUUUAUUCUUUUUUUUUGUCCUGUUUGUGAAUUUUGUCUAUUUUUUACUCUUAUUUGGAAUAAUAUCUUUAGGCUAUUUUUUUCAUGCAUUUUAUGUCUUUCAAUUCAUUUUUUUUGUUUCUAAAACAAUGUUAGGUAUUACGUACUAUAUAAAAGUAUAAAUAUUUUCUAUGUCUUUCAAUGUUUUUUAAAGUUUCUAAAACAAUAUUAGGUGUGAAAUAUGUAGUAUAUAUAUUAGUUAUAUAUACUACACAUUUCUUGGUUAAAGGGGUGAUAGAUGCCACGUAAAAAUUACUUGAUUCAGCAUUAUUGCGUGCAUUUGUCUAUUUUUUACUCUUCUUUGAAACAAUAUAGUUACGCUAUAUGUGCAUUUUUAUGUCUUUCAAUUCAAUAUUCUUUUAAGUUUCUAAAACAAUAUUAGGUAUUAGGAUAUAAAAGUAUACAUGUUCUCUAUGUCUUUCAAUGGUUUUUAAAGUUUCUAAAACAAUAUUAGGUAUAAAAUAUUAGUAUAUUCAUUAGUUAUAUCGGAAAAGAUCAUGUCGAGCCA